AUGGCUUCCCCACCACCUCUGCCAGACCCCAGCCUGGCUCUUCCUCAGCAGGAUUCAUCCCUUCUCCCACUGGGGACCAUCCCACAGAGCUCCUCUUCAUCCAACCAAGGCUCACUGCCUUCUCCAAUCCGAGCAAUUUCAAUUCUUGGCCACUCUGUCUGUGCCAUCUCAGCCCUUCCCCAGUGUCAGGAGCCUCCCAGAGCCUUAUGUCACUCCAGCAUUUCCAACAGUGAAGCCCAGAAAGGUCACCUGAUCAAUCAAGUGCAAGCAACCUCAUUCCUGGCAGACACUGCCCCGACACAGGUGGAGAAUGGUAGUUCCCAUUUCCUCAAUCCUGCUGUCCAGAAAGUGCUGGAAAUACUGAUCACCAAGAAAGUGGAAUUGAAGAUCCAUAAGAACAGUAAAGGGGAGGGGCCACACAGCCCCCAGUAUUCUCUGGGGAUUAUGUUAAAGUCCCUGGGCAAAGAACACGACCUUAUCACCCUGUCUCCAUUCUGGAAAACUAAAGCAGAACUAGAGCAGCUUCAAGCUUUGCCACAGCUCCCCUACCCAAAGAUAUUCUGGGAAGAUCAUGUGCAACACAAAGGGAGCCAGCUUUUCUGGGGCCUCCCAGGUCUACACAGUGAGUCCCUGGUGGAUAACACCAGAGUGCCUGAUGCCUCACUAGAGUUUUCUACCAUUUUAUUCAACGGACUCUGUAAUGAUGUCCCAGCACGAAUUCAGUCCAAUGUUACUCCACAACUAUUUCCCCCUCAGCCCUUGGCCAAUGAUGUGGCCCAGUCCCACACAAUCACUCCAGCUCUGCCUCCAUCCCAACCCCUAUCUCUGUCUCAGAAACCGACCCAGGAGCAUGCUCCUCCUCUCCCAACUGAUUCUUGCUAUUCACCUCCAGCCAUUUCUGGUCUUAAAGAUCAGAAAGGGAAGAAACAUGCUAUUUCACAUACUGUUCAACAACUACAAUGCAAGUUUUUGAAGGAGCCAGAGGAAAAGAGAGAUUUUCUUCCUUUGGUCAAAAAACCUCAGAAAGUCUUUAGGCAGCAUGCUGACAAACAUGGGAUCAUCCAGGAAAACAAGUCCUCAGGCAAGGUCCCAGUGGAUGUUAUUUACUUUAAGGUCCAGCAACAACUGCAGGAACAUGUUAAAAAAAAAUUGGUGUCUGGGCUGCCCCAGAGGGCUGACCUGUCUCUGGACAGGGAGAAUCACCCAGGAACAAGGAAGCCAAAGGAAAACUGUAGGCCUUCCCAGACUACAGUGAUUUCAGAUAAAAGCUGUCAGGUCAUACAAAAGACCAUGUCAGAGUUCCCAGAAAUAUCCCAGACAGGGAAACACUCAACUAAAGACCUGGAGAAGGCCCCAAAAGACCUAUCCAAGUGUCUAGAAAACUCUGCAGUGAAUGUCCUAGAGUCUAUCUGUGAUCCAGCAUCACCAAGGAAGGGGUUGAGACUCCUAAGUAGUGAUUCAGGCAAUGAUUCUGCAAGCAGGCCAGACAAGAAGAACAUAGAAGACUGUGAGAGCAUCCGUCCAAGUGGGCAGUUUGAGCAGACAGGGGAAGGAAUCUUUGUGGACACUGAUCAUUCCACCCUUACUGUGGACCAUGCCUGCUACCAUCAUGGAAACUCAAACAUCUCCAUGGAAAGUGAGGAUGAACCAUCCCUGCAGGGUCAGGAGUAUGGCAGGAACACCCAGGACCUCUCUGUCCUUGAUGCUGGGACUCAUCAGAUGCUGGGAGCACAUCUGAAAAGACUCUGUGUGAGACACAGGUGGGGCUUAGCCUUCAAGGUCAUCAGAGUCAUCUUGAAGCUGAAAAAGGUUCACACCUCAUUGCUUCCACAGCCUGCAUCUUCCUCCUCAGCCUCCCAAAACUCCAAGCCUGACUCCACCCACCAAGAUAUGAAUUUGCAGGGAGAACCAUCUCAGAGUAUUCCAGGAGAGAACGCUAAAACAACAAUGUCUGAUCUCAAAAUACAGGGUCCUUUCACUGGUCACUCAUUCAAAUAUCCAAAGGAGAGAAUAUCUGCUGAUGAUCACGGGCCCUCAGAAGCUGCACCAACUGGACAAGAGACCAGCCUGAGUGCUCAGCCCCAUUUAUACUGCCCUAAGAGCAGAGACCAGAAUCCUGAUACUGUCUCAAGUCCAGGGAGAGACAGCAUUGGUCCAAGUCCAAUCACAGUAAUGGACAAAUAUCAGCCUCAAGAGCAAGGUGGUGUGGUCUCUAGAGACCCUUCCCAUCAUAACUUGACAGGGGAGGUGAAUGUAGGUUCUCCAUGUUCAAGGGAGAGAGACAUCCAGAAGACCAUGAACACAGAGGUGAAGAAACCCUUGGAGGUGGCAGUUACCAAGGGAGCCAGUGGGUUGGCACCCUCCCCAAAUCUUAAUGUGAGUCCCAGGAGUUUAAAGUCUCCAGGGCCCAAGAAUAGGCUUCCCUCACCCAGAAUUUGUUCUUUGCAGGAGCCAGGAGUCUCAUCCUUGGGUACCCUGGCAAUGUCGAAAAAUAUGGAUUCUGCAACCAGAGUCCUCCUGCAAGACUUUGCCACUGGCAAAGUCCUUCAAGUCUCUUCCUCAGAGAUACCUCUCACCAGAGACAUCCUGGAUUCUCAGGUUGAUCUGGCCAGCAUUGGAGGAGUGUCCACUAGCAGCACAUCACCAUCCCGAGGGAUAGUUGACCCCUUAAUGCAGGACAGAAUUAGUCAGGAUCAAAAGGAGCCCGGGAUCUCAAACCUCCAGGAUCCACAGGAGAUCAAGAGUAACACGUUUGGGCCACCUGAGAGUGGAGGGGGCUUCAUGAGCCCCAUUAAAAUGAUCACUAAUCACCCAUCACCUUCCCAAGGGAUAUGUGACCUCCCAGUGAGGGAAACAGGGCACCAGGAAAAGGAGCCCAGACUGCCCAAAUCCCAGGAGCCCAGGGUGAGCCAGAAGCACAUGUUUGCUCUGGCUGAGAAGAGGGGGAGCUCUCAGGGGCCCAAACCAGGACGGAAGGAAGAACAAUUUGCAGGAAGAAGGGGGGUUGGAAUGUUGAUGCCCCCUUUUCAGGUCAGGGAACUAAGAGAUAGCACAGGGUCCAAGGCUCUGUUUGAGUCAGAGAACAAAAUGUUACCUUCAGAAGCUACCACUGCGAACCCAGUCAGGAAGUUUCUGCAGAACAUACUGUGCAAGAAAGACAGAGCAGUGGCAGAGCCCCUGCAGAAAGCCAAGCCCCCAGCUACUGUGAUCCAAAGUCAAGGAUCAGACAUGAAACCCAGAGUCUCUAGGGACAAAGGCACCAUGGAAACCCACAUGCUCAUGAGCACUGUUGGAAGGAUCUUAAUGGACACACUAAAGCUACGCCAUGAAUUUUCUGCCUCAAAAGAAAAUUUGCAGAAAGGGGUUCCCCAGGUGGAUAGGUGGUCCUCCUGCCACAAGAAUGCUUCCUCUCCACAGCAAAAGAAAGUCCUGAGCAACAUGGCCUGUGGUCCGCAGGCCAGGCCCCAGCGCCCAGGCCAUGUGACAAAUGGAAGCCUGAGCAGAGACAAGUCAAGCAAUACUGUCUUCCCAUCCAGGGAGCCUGGGGCCUUACCUGGUUACUUCCACAGGAGGCCCUUGGGGUCUGGAGCCUCACAGCCCCCUGUUCACUGCCCCAGGCACUGUGCCCUUCAGAGAACUCUGUUCCACAAUCAGUCACAUAAUGCUUCCCAUAUCCGUCCUGGGGAAAAAUCUUUGCUGAGCAAAUCUGCUCUAUCUCAUCCAGGCAGGUCUUGUAUGGGCCACGGUCAUCCUUCUAAAGAGAUGUCUGUGGAUUCCCAAUAA